AUGUCGUGCUGCUGCCUCUCAUGCAUUGACACCGGGUCCAUCGGCGUGGUUCAGAAGUUCGGGGAAUACCAGGGGAUGCAAGAACCAGGCUGCAGCUGCAUUUGCUUCCCUUGCACCACUGUGCAGUCUGUCUCACUGGCGGUGAACCAGCAGAUGUGCCGAUCGGACUGCAAGACCAAAGACAAUGUUACGGUGUCCGUUUCCACAGCGGUGCAGUACCGCAUACUCAAAGACAUGGUGAAGGUGGCGGUCUUCGACAUCGCCAGCCCGCAGGAGCAGAUCAAAGCGGAGGUGGACAACGUCUUGAGGUCUACACUGCCCACCAUGACCCUCGACGAGAGCUACGAGGCCAAAGAGAAGAUGGUCGCGGAGAUUCUGGACUCUGUGAAGAAGGCCAUGGGCCAGUACGGCUACGACAUGAUCAAUGUGCUGAUUACCGACAUCCAGCCCGAGAGGUCCGUCCUCGAUGCCAUGAACGAGAUCAACGCCUCGCGGAGGCAGCGUGAAGCGGCCUUUGAAAAAGGCGAGGCUGAUAAGCUGCUGAAGAUCAAGGCAUCGGAGGCUGAUGCUGAGGCCAAGCGCCUGGCCGGGGUCGGCAUGGCCAACAUGCGCGCGGCCAUGGCACAGGGAUUCCAGGACUCCAUGAAGUUCAUGAAGGACAGCGGCAUGUCCGAGAAAGAGGCCAUGCACAUGAUGAUCAUGACCCAGUAUCUGGACACGCUGAAGGAGUUUGCCGGCAGCCACGGCUCCAUUGUGGUCCCGCACGGGCCCUCGGCCGUCGCAGACCUGGGUUCCCAGAUCCGUGAGGGCUUCCUCACCGCUGCCGGUCAGCAACAGAUGAAAGGAGGCCUUUUUGGGUAA